AUGUAUCAACUGGACUCAUGGUACACUGUGCUCUUCGAGCUUCUUCUCGUUGGUUUUUCACUAUACAACUCGUUGAGAAUGACAACUUGGUGGAAUGUUGUUGCCAAAGGAACCGAAAUCGGAGUAAACGGAGCACAACGUGUCCCAUCGGUCGCCGAUCAUUUCGGAAUUCGUACUGACGAGAAGAAGAAUAUCAAGAGUAGUGGAAAACGUAGCAUGAAAUCUCCAACCGUUUUCGAAAUGGGAGAUGGACUCGAAGUGCACUAA